AUGCGUUUCUCUCUGACUACCAUCGCGGCUGCGGCCCUGAUCGUCUCUGUCUCCGCGGCACCUGCUCCCGCCCCAGCUAAACCGACGGAACUUUCAGCUCGAGGACCCGCUCCUACAAAGGCUCAUGGCCAUCGUGGUGGUCAUCGCGGCAAACACGGCGGCGGUCAACGCAACGGCACCGAAUCCGCCGGCUCUGGCCCUGAUUCCAUCGGCUCGGGAAUGGGUAUGGGUGGUGGUCCAGGACGUGGCCAACGCAAUGGCGGUGACCCCGGUUACUUCCCUGGGGGUGGUGCUGCUCCCACUGGCGGCUUCCCAGGCUUUGGCGGUCAGCCGUCCGACCCUCAGAUGACGGGUGCUCCUACUUUUACCCCCGGCAACGACUAUGAGCGGAGAUCUGUUGAGUCCGAACCUACUGUUACGAAGCGUUCACCCUUCGGUUUGGUUUGGAGAGCGAGCGAUGAUGAAUCUAAGGACACGUCGGAUUCCAAGGACUCUGCAGGUGAUUCAUCUGACUCCAAGGACGGUGCUUCCGACGCCAAGGAUGACAAGAAAGACAAGUCGAAGGGCUCUUCUGGCUCUUCUGGCUCUUCUGACUCUUCUGACAGCAGUGAGGGUUCUUCCAGUGGCAAGGACAAGUCCUCCAGUGACGCUAGCGACAGCACUGGAGAGAGCACUGAGGAUGCGGCUGGCGACUCUGGUUCAAGCUCUGGCGGAGAUGGCGGUUCCAGUUCGGGAUCAGAUUCGGACUCCAGCAGCGGAUCAUCCUCAGGAAGCGACUCUUCCUCAGACAGCGACUCGUCUUCAGGAAGCGACUCAUCUUCGGGCAGCGACUCAUCUUCGGGAAGUGGCUCGUCUUCAGGUGGUGGUUCAUCCUCAGGCAGUGGCUCUUCUUCAGGUGGUGGAUCUUCCUCCGGUUCGGGAACUCAGACUGGAUCAGGCAACUCCACUAUGCCUAGCUCAGGCGGUAGUGCAGCAAGCGGUACCAUGCCCGCAGCAGCUGGCGAGUCUACUCUCUCCAAGACAAUGAUGGUAACCGGCGAAUUCGAUGGUGGCAUGAAGCGUUUCGGUCGUGGAGUGUCUUGCACCGGUCAAUCAGAGGGAGGAGACAGCGAUGCUGUAUUCUCUAUUGCUAACGGCGGCACUCUCCGCAACGUCAUCAUCGGAGCCGACCAGAUCGAGGGAGUACACUGCCAAGGAGCCUGUACCAUCGAGAAUGUCUGGUGGGAAGAUGUCUGUGAAGAUGCUCUCACCUUCAAGAAGGACGGCGACGGCACAGUCACCGGUGGCGGAGCAAUGGGCGCAUCCGACAAAGUCAUCCAACACAACGGCGCGGGUACCAUUUCAAUCUCAGGCUUCACAGUCUCAACCUUUGGCAAGCUCUAUCGAUCAUGCGGAAACUGCAAGACCAUGGGCGAGCGCCACGUCAAGAUCGACAAAGUCAAGGCUACAGGCGGAACAGCGACUUUCGUUGGUAUCAACAGCAACUACGGAGAUACUGCUACCAUUACCAACUCCUGCGUCACGGGCACAAAGGCUAUUUGCGAGGAGUUCGAGGGUAACGAUACGGGUGCUGAGCCUAAGCAGAUCAGCGAGGGGCCUAGCUCGGCUUGUAUCUACACACCCGCGGAUAUCGCCGCUUGUUGA